GCUGUAUUGAAAAAUCUUCAGAUGUCAAUGUACGUCAACACAGAAAUUUCUUUUAAAAUGUGAUAUUUACUUUUACAAUUAAUUCUAUUCGUUUACGAUGCUGCUUAACCACACGAGCAAUAAAUCUAAGUGCAAAUCUUUGAUGUUAUGGUUUUAGUUUAGUUAAAAUGUUUAGCAAAAGAAAUCUUGUGGACGUUAAAAAAUCCACUUCAAAAAUCCAAGAUCCGAAAAAAGAUUUGGCGACACGAAUCAAGCACUUGAAGAUCAUUUUAGAUAAUGUGGAUAUUGCUGAAGCUAAGGGGUUGUUUGAGGCCAACUUCAGCCACGUUUAUAACAUCCUGUACGACAGUUUUAUCCAAGCUGAGGGAAACCUGAGACAACGAGAGCUCUCUUUUCAUUUGGUUCACAAGGCACACAAGGAAGAACUAGAAUGUACUCUCUGGAUCCUGGAGCAAGUGUUGUGUUUGCUCCCGGAACUGAUCCACAAACGAUGGCAGCUCCACUCCCUUGGCCGCAUUUUAUCCAAACUUUUGCACCCCGGAAACUCCGUAAAACUCCGGAGACAAGCCAUUCGUUACUUUCUGAUGUGGUACCAGGCAUUGAACGACAAUGCCCCUGAUUACGUCCAUAACAUGUUCCAAACUUUGGUGCCAGGUUUCAACAGCCCCUCAUCGGCCCUUAUGCAGAUCAGUGGUAGCGUUUUCCACGAUACUAGCGCCCAGAACCCCGUCACAGCCUCCGAGUUGCUCCCAGUGCUGCCCCCUUCGGGGGGCGAGAAGGCCCCCGAACACCAAAGCAAGUUCUACUUGGAGGCGCUUUUGGAACACAUGGUGCACACGGUUAUCAAACUGGAGUGGCACGAUAAGGCGGCUCACCACCACCGGUGUUUUCAUUUCUUGUUGGAAAAGUUCAAAUCGUAUUAUUUGAUGAAGAUUUGUCCAAGUUUUAGUCAUGAUACGUCUCUGUAUACUCCAAAUUUAGAGUUGCCGGUUUUGCGAAAACCUGAAGCCGAGAGCGAGUUUAUUUUGUGUCGUGUUGCUUUGAUUAUGUGGGUGGCCAAUCAUUUGCACCAACCUAAGAAAAAUGCAGAUGGUGGGCCCGCUUCUAUUACACAUUCCGCUAGUGCAGGGGCUGCCACGCAUGAGGAAGAGGGGCACGAGUCGGCUCAUGCGAGCCUCGAAUCAACGAUAUCGAUUCAGACGAACAAAACGGCCAGCGACGAGGAACUAGCCAACCAAAUCGUCCGAGAGGUUCUUUGCAGCUCACGUGACAACGUUAACUUCAUCCACGAGAUAUACCGCCAAGCAUUCCUGAUUAAUUUUAGUCAUGUGGUUGCGAUAAGAAAAAUCAUAGCAGUUUACAAAGACCUUAUUCAGCUCAACGUACCUGAGGUGCCCUCGUACAUGCUCGAACCCGCCGAAGAUGCCCCUAGAUUUGUUGACGAUGGCAUAAUCGAAGGAAUGAGACCUCCCCGAUUACGAAACGAUUCGUAUUUGGGGGCAAUACACCGGGAGAAUUUGCUAGUAAGGGCGGGAAUGCAGAACAUAUUGCAACUAUUUAUGACACAUGCUGCCAACGUAUUUUUACUAGAAGUGAAUCCACACAUUCCCAAAAUGUUGGAAGAACAGACUGAUGCGUGUAAACGAGUACUUAAUAUUUACAGAUAUAUGGUUAUGAAUACGCGGAUGGAUAGUAGCACCUGGGAACAAUUGUUGUUGGUACUGUUACAAAUAACUUCGCUCGUUUUGGGGGAAAACCCCCCAAAGAAGAAAAUGAACACACUAGGGGGGAAAUUAGCACCGGCGAUUUUCCAAACCUUGAUUGUUACAUGGAUCAAAGCUAAUCUCAAUGUUAUGAUUUCGAGGGAAUUGUGGGACCGGUUUUUGCUAGUUUUGACUUCUUUGACUAGUUGGGAGGAGCUGAUCAAGGAGUGGGCGAAAACAAUGGAAACUUUAACACGGGUAUUGGCACGUCAUGUGUACAAUUUAGACCUUACCGACCUGCCUUUGGACCGUCUCAUGGAGCAAAAAUCAAAACGUGGUCGUCGGUCGGCAAAUCGACCUGAAAGUACGACUCAGUGCAAUAUAAACGAUCACAGCCACAUCUCCGUCUGUCGCCAAGACUCUUCCCUACCUGAUGGCAACGUUUUACGGAAAAAAGUCAAACAUGGCUUGACUCGAAGCCACAGCGAGACGAGUUUGAACGUAAAACGGCGCUCCUCGCAACGGCAAAGACACACAAAACACCGACGCUCUUUGUCGCUGGACAACAUACCGCAGCCCGACACCGAAUCGACGGACCGAACCCGCUCUCCAAGUCCUGCACCCUCCAGCGGCCUCGAAAGCAACUCGAUCAAAGAUUCGCCAAUUCAAUUGGACGUCCUCUCGACCGAAAACUCAAAUUCUGAGCCGGCUGGUGAACACCGAGGGGUCGUAUGUGGGGGCUCAAUCCGCGGUUGGCUCCCCGACGUCGCUGUGAUACUUUGGAGGCGCAUGUUGGGUGCGCUUGGUGAUGUUAACACCAUCGCUGACCCUAAACUGCAUGCGCAAGUUUUCGAAUAUUUGGUUAAACUGAGCGAUACUUUGAUCAAAAUUAAGCAGAAUCAGGGCAUUUCGGCGGAUAAUCAGAGCACGCCGCCCGCCCCCGAGCUGAUACCGCCCUUGACUUUGAUUCUGCCUUGGUGUUUCGGGGCUUUGAUGCUCCCGGACGACUACGAAGCCGGGAAGCUGAACGCGUUGAGGCUCCUGUGCACCAUCACCGUAAACUGUGAUCAUAAACGUAGGAAUUAUUUACCUCAGUUCUAUAGGUUUUUGCAUAUGUCGCUCGUGGGGAACUCGAAGCCGUUUCUUAACACGACGUUAAAGUUUCUCGGGCCUAGGUUUUUAUCGUUGCAAUUGCCGGGGUUUUCGUUGCUUUUGUUGGAUCUUAUACACGCGUGUAACACCGUUUUGAACUCGAUGGAAAAUCUCGAAGGGGCGCCGCGAACCGAAGCCAUCUCGAUUAUUGCGAAUUUGUUGAGUUUACCUGGCGAUCUCAGUAGCAUUUCUGUGCUACAACCGGAGGAUAACAUACAUGUGAGGCCGUGUCCGGAUGUGAAAGAACACGUUGUUAGUAUUUUGCUGCGAGCUGGGAGGCGGGAACCUAAGGGCAAGGCUCGUUGUAUUGCACUUUCGGCACUAGGGAUGUUUGUGUACAAGGAAUUGACCAAUCAGACGUUUCAUCCCAAAGUGGCCGAUGCCAUCAACGUCCUCCUAUUGGCUCUCAAGUUUAAUAACAAGAUUAUUGCACAGCUGGCAAGCAAUAUUUUGUUUUUGUUGUGUGAUCAUGCCUCUUUGUUAUGGACACAAUAUCCAAGGCUUGGGAAUGCCGUAAUUAGGACGUUGUGUGCGGCCUUGUUUCGACACGCACCUUUGGGUUCAACAGCUGGUGAAAGUGAUAAGGCUUUGGGGACGGCGUUGCUGUUGUGUUUGGGAGAGUGGUGUAUGAGGUUGGAACCAAGAAGAUUGCUGGAAGUGUCGGAGUAUGGGGAAGAGAGGGGGACGUGUCUGCUGCUACAAGUUUUUACGGUUUUGUAUAAAAUAGCCGUUGGUAAAACAUCAACCGAACACUCGGGUGGUUUGUCUCAACCUAGCCUUAACGAAGACUUCGAUCCUAAUAUCCUCUCCGACGACCUUGUGGACAAGUCAUCGCCCUCAUUAUCACCCACCAAAAAUCACCAAUGUCAGAAAGCCAUCACUUUAUGUGCUAAAACAGUCCUAUCGCACCUUGUAACCCACUUAGGACACUUUCCAAUGGCAAUUGGGGCUGCGAGACUUAGCUCUUUAGUCGUGGAACACGAUGAUGUUCCCAAUCUAAGUUCAGAUGAGUUAUCAGCCAACAUUUUUUCAGCGCCUAAUAUUCAACUUUUUAUGCUUACUGAAAAUGUUAUCGCAAGCUUAAUCGAGUUGCCUGUGCUCGAUUUACCUGGGGGUGGCGUUACAGCUGGACUGUCAACAGCCGACAAACAAGUGAGAGUGUUACUAAGAGAUUUAUCAGGCAAAGCUAGCUGGGAUGCGUCGAUUUUGUACCGCACUCCUGAUACCGACAAUGAAGAGUUUCAAGUCGGUCAAGUCGAAAUUGAAACCAAUGCAAGUCAGGGUAAAUGGGGGCCUAUGAGUUUACAACCCGAGAGUUUCAUCGGAUGUCCUAGUAAUUUACCACAGAGGGCUAUGAGGCAUCGAUCGCCGAAUGUUUUACCGGAUGUCUCAAAUUCUGCCCCGGAUCUCGACCAACUAGACGAUUUGUUACAAUAUUUAGGACAUACAAGUCCCGAGUGUUUGGAAAAUUUUGAUCGCAAGUUGAAUGAGCCAGCGUUGCCUCCCUUGUCGAUUGAAAUCGAACAAGAAGCAAUAGCGUCUGUUAUUAACCAAAGGAACUUGGAAGUGGAGGAAAAUAGGGUCAUGCAAUUUGCGGAUUCUAUGCUCGGACAGCCUAUUUCCAGGCCUAAUAGUCGCAAUGAGGGCGCUUCGAGUCCGGGUUAUGACAGCAGCAUUCAGCAAGUUUCCUCUGGUGUGGUUGAACAAAACGCAUUCCAACAGUGCAGAUUACUAUUUUCGCAAUUGGGUCUCGCGGGUUGGGAGCGUCGCCAGCAAUUACAUCUCCUGAACAAGACCGAGCGUUUAUUGCGCGAAUUGCGGAAUUUGGACAGUCAGAGAUGUAGAGAAACGCACAAAGUCGCCGUGAUUUAUGUUGCGCCUGGUCAAGAAGACAAGAACUCGAUUUUAUCGAAUCAAGGAGGCAGCGCUGCUUAUGAGCAAUUUCUUGCGGCUUUAGCUUGGGAGGUGGAGCUGGAGGGUCAUACAGGUUUCUUGGGAGGUCUCCAAAGACAAGGAUCGACAGGGUUGACAGCGCCAUAUGUGGCGACGAGUUUCUCGGAAACUAUUUUUCAUGUGGCAACGAGGAUGCCUGGGGACACACCGGAGACUGUCCUCAAUAAAACAAGACAUUUGGGGAACGACGAAGUCCACAUCGUGUGGUCGGAGCAUUGUCGGGAUUAUAGACGUGAUAUCAUUCCCACUGAGUUCUGUGAUAUUUUGAUAACAAUCUACCCACUAGGGAGUAGCCUAAACAGGGUGACUGUCAACUGUAAACCCGACGUUCCUCACUUUGGUAUUCUGUUUCAUGAGGCUAUCGUUGAGAGUAAUGUUUUGGCCGGUUUGGUUAGAGCAACUGCGAUUUGUGCCAGCCGUGCCAAAAGAACCACUUUACCUUUCUACCAACAAUACUACGAAGAACGGGCGAUGUCACUCGAAACAGUUGUAACCAAACAUAAGCACAGCACAACGUACGAAGACUUCAUUUCGCGAGUGUACAGCCCCAUUGCCACCCCCAGCCCCUUCUGUGUGAGCGGUUCCACCUCGAGUGGGGCCGGCGAUGGGCCGGCCUGCACCGGAAACCCAUCCAUGUUAGCGGCAGCUCUCUUAGACUCGCACGGACACUCUCACAAACCCAAUCAACGAAACGAUUCAAAAUUCAGAGUCUCAGCCUCUGAUGCCGCGCGCGGUGUUUGGUUCAAUAACAGCCCCGACAUGUCUCAGAACGUGGAAUCAACGAGUAUAUCGCCGCGUCCGUUGAAAAAAAUUUCCUCGAGCUUGAAAAGCGUCCCAAGGAGGUCGCUGCGACAAGAAGCGCAAGACUCUCCUCCCGAGAGUCCCCAACAGACCACGAGGAAAAAAUAGAUAGUGCUUGAUGUCUACACUAAGCUAAGUACUAACUAGUUUUUGUGCACAGCACUCAAAUUAGUUGUGUAAUAAUAGUGAGUGUUUCUCAUUUGAAAUUAAGAAAAACACCAAAAGUUAAUCUCGAAUAUAUUUUUAUAACUACUGAAUUGAAGGGUGGAAGCGAGCAAUCGAAGGAAAUGGCCUGACAAUGAUUUAGGUUAUAAUCAUAUUCAGUAGUUGUAGCUUUUAACUUAUUUUAUGACCCUUUGUAAAUUAGUUUUGUUUUAUUAAUGUGAAGUAACGGUAUUAAUUUAUGAUAGAUGUGUACAAGACAUGUAUUUAUUAACGUUAUUUAUUUUCUUUUUAUCUAUUGAAUAUAAUCUCUGCAUUUAUCGAACUGUGAAUAUUUCCUUGUUGUGUUUGUGUUAUUGUUGGGUUUUCAGUAUUACAAUCAUUUUUAGAUUUCAGAAAUUCCAUUUUUCAGUAUUGCCCCUCGUUUUCUUUAGUGUCAACAGUAUUGUAUUACUGUCCAAUUUCAGAUUUUGAUUUUUUGCGAAUGACGAAAAAUGAUUGUAACAUGUUGUGUUUGAAUCUACUUCAGUAUUAAUUUUUAUUUUACUACUUUCCACUUUUCAACCAUGGAAUGGUUUUGUAAACAUGUAGAUAAUCUUUUUAAAAUUGUACUUAUACCUAAAAAGCUUUAUUAAUAAACUUUACAAGUAUU